AUGCCUCUGGGCGGAUCAGUUACCCGUGGUGUUGGAUCGUCUCACGGGACGGGGUAUAGGAAAUUCCUGCUGCAAAUUCUUCACCACCAUGGCAUCAAUGCCCGCAUGGUAGGCUCACGGAAGGAUGGAAUCAUGCCUAAUAAUGAUCAUGAGGGCUGGCGUGGCUUCAGAAUCGACGAGAUCGAGAGGAAAGCCAGGAAGUCAGUCGAAGAGUUGUCCCCUGACAUUUUCAUGGUCAAUGCCGGCUCCAAUGACUGUCUCCAGUCCUUCAAAAUCGCGGAGGCUGGGAAGCGCAUGGGUGAUAUGCUCGAUUACCUUUGGCUUGCUUGCCCGCAGUCCACGAUCUUGCUCUCUACUUUACUCGUCAGUGCGGAUAGGGAGGUGAAUUCGGUGGUCCUGCGCUUUAACGAACAGUACCGCGCUUUAGCCCAAAAACAUGCCAUGGAGGGGAGGAAGAUUGUGUUGGUGGAUAUGUACACCUCGGAUGGACCCGACGUCCGGAGCCUUCACGAUGGCAUACACCCUGAUGAUGAGAAUUACAACAAGAUGAGCAGACUAUGGUUUUCUGGCAUACAGGAGGCCCAGCAGAAAGGUUUUAUUGAAAAGUCAAGACCUAAGAUUUAG